AUCGAGUUUUCAGUAUCGAAUCUGUCAAUGCUGUUAAUGUUUGUGUACUUUAUUCGAUUCUCAUCUGACGUGGAAUUUUCUAAUUUUGCUGUCAGAAUUACAUCUGUCAUAAUUAAUCAAAUCUGAACACGUUGUAUAUUGUACAAAAUUUUUAUUUUUUUCUGUAAAUACUAUAAUUUAAUAUGUCGUUACGGAGAGCGUUAUUCGUUAUCAGAGAUAUAAAAGUAUUACAAAGAACGCUUAUUCAUAGAAGAUUUCAAUCCUCACGAAAGAGCAGCAAUCAGUACAUGUUAACAACAAAAUUAUGUACCAUAUCGUCGUUCACUGCUAUGGGUAUUUGGGGUCUUACAAAAAAGAGAGGUGACAACGAAGCAAUCAUAACUACAAAAGAAGUCCUAAUAGCAAAAGCCGAUGCAUUAUACGAGCAAGAACAAUACCAGGAAAUACAUGACCUUCUAAUAAAUUAUAAAGAUAGCGGUGAUAUUGAAAUUAUAUGGCGUUUGUGUAGAGCAAUGUAUAAAUUGUCUAAAAUUGUGAGUGAAGUGGAUGGAAAGAAAUUAAUUUUCGAAGCUUAUGAUUUAAUACUUGAAGCACUUGAGAUAAAAGAGGAUAAUUGGGCUGCACACAAAUGGGCAUCGAUUCUUCUUAAUUCUAAGACUCUUUAUGAAGGAGUAAAAGCACAAAUAAAAGAGUCAUAUAAUAUUAAGAAACAUAUGCUGAGAGCAAUGGAACUAAAUCCAAAAGAACCAACACUUAUGUACAUGCUUGGUACUUGGUGCUAUCAAGUUGCUGAUUUAACAUGGUAUCAAAGAAAAAUUGCAUCUGUAAUAUUUGGAGAACCGCCAUCUUCAUCAUUCGAGGAAGCUCUAAAAUAUUUUGAAACUGCAGAGGAAAUUGAUCCCAAUUUCUAUAGUCAAAAUUUAUUAAUGUUGGGAAAAACCUACUUAAAAUUAAAUCAAAAAGAGCUAGCUACGAAAUAUUUAAAAAUGGCCCUUGAUUAUCCUGCAAAGAACGAAGAUGAUCGAGAUGCUAAACAGGAAGCGCAGAAGUUGUUAAAGAAAUUUUAACAAACUGGACAGAAGUUAUAAUCUAUUAUAUGAUAAAUUGGAAUUGAAGGGAUAGAAGGGAUAAAGAAAAAUUUAGAAUCUAUCUUUUAAGUAGAAGUAUAAAAUUUAUUUACUAUAAUGUACAAUACAACUUAUGUGUGAUGAGCCUGUUAUACACAACAUCUAUUUACAGUUCCCAAGUAAAGAUUGCUUCUGCUUGCAACCUGGUGAGCAACUGGAGAUAUGGACGUGCUGCUGGGCUGCCUGAUCUUCGUCCCGUCCUUCCCGUCAGAUGGUAUAAAAGGUAGCGAUGCAGGCCAAAUUCCGAGAUGAAUUGACCACAUGGGCAAAUAAAGCUCACCAUAACGUAAUUCGGUGGUAAACUGUCUGGAGAUUGUGUUCUGAUGUGCAAGCUAUUGUAACCAAGCGGGCACUCUCCCAUCGUUUUGUUAUAAGGCACAAUCUGGAAAAAUAAAAUUAAGAUAGAUAAAUAAAAAAUAAAUAAAUAAUAAAUAAGGAAAUAAAAUAAAUAAUUUCAAACAAAUUGUUUGAAAAAUCAGUGGAAGAAACGAUUUGAAGGAAAUAAAAUACUUACUGCUCCAAGUGUGGUGAAGAUGUAUAAGGACGCUUUCAAUCGCGAAGCGCUUCCAAACACGAAGAACUUUCGAACGUCGAGAAUUUUCAAACGUCAAGAACUUCGAAGCGUCAAGAACUUUCAAACGUUCUGUUCGAUAGUCGAAUUGGGAAUGUGAUCUCCGAGCUAGUUGUCGAGCUUAUAUAGACGCCAUUUCGCUUCAUGUUUGCCACCAUUGCCUGGGUUAAGACUCUUAAGGGGGCCCCCUUAUUACCAGGCUGAUAAAGCCUAAGCAGUUGUUCAUUUGUUUGGUGUAUGAAACACGGUUUAAAGGACAGACGUAUUGUGCAGCAGAUGAUGCAGCACCAAGUUAUGAGCAAUUCUACUUUUUUCCGAGACACGUCCGAAUAAUUACUGCCAUUGCCGUAUUUUUUAAUAUUUCUCCGUGAAAAUUUUAUACAAUAUUCUUCGAAUGUCAUACUUUAAUGUACUAUUGGUUUUAAUAAAGAGUAUCUACAGCCAA